ACCCAAAACACUUCAUUGUUUUCUUGAACUUUUCACAGAACAGAGUAACUCUCUUUACUCCCAAGUGCCAACUCAACUUUCUGUGGUGUCUCUCUGGUUACUUCAUUUCCCAUAUUUCUCUCAUUUCCACAAGCUAACCAUGUCGGUAAUUGCAGAAGCCGCUCUAGCCGGUUUUUUUCAGGUGUUGUUUGACAAGUUAACUUCCCCUGAAUUGUGGAAGAUCUUUCAGCAAGAGAAAGUUGAUGCUGAUCUCAAGAAGUGGGCAAUAACGCUGCGGAACAUCCGUAAAGUUCUGGCUGAUGCCGAAGAGAAGCAGAUGACAGACGAGUUUGUGAAGAGCUGGCUGGCUGAGCUGCAAGACUUGGCUUAUGAUGCGGAUGACAUUUUGGACGAGUUUGCUACUGAAGCUUUGCGACGUGAGCUGAAUGCAGAAGAAGCCAGCACAAGUACGGUAAUAAUAAAGUUCAUCAAUGAUUGUGUUGGUUCAGAUCGAGAUUUUGUUACGUUGAUGCGGUCCAAGAUUGAAGAUAUUGAUACACGACUGCAAAAAAUAGUGAAAGAUAAGAAAGAUCUGGAGUUGAAAGAAAAUAGUGGGGGAAGGACUAUAACAACAAGAUCAUGGCCGCCCUCGACUUCUCUGGUGAAUGAAAGUCGUACUUAUGGCAGAGAUGAAGAUAAAAAGAAAAUUGUCAAGUUGUUGCUCGAAUCAAGUGAUGCUCAACUCUCUGUGAUUCCCAUAGUUGGUAUGGGUGGACUGGGGAAGACGACUCUUGCCCAGCUAGUCUACAGAGACAACGAAGUGAGCAAUUAUUUUGAUUUGAAAGCAUGGGUUUGCGUGUCUGAAGAUUUUGACAAUCUAAGGUUGACAAAAGAAAUUCUACACUCUUUCACUUCUAAACCUUGGGAUAAUAAUAGUACUUUAGAUUCACUACAAGUCGAACUGGAGGAGAAAUUAUCCACGAAGAAGUUCUUGCUUAUCUUGGAUGACGUUUGGAAUGAAGACUACGUAUUGUGGACUGAACUACGCAAGCCUUUUGAAUCUGGGGCUCUAGGAAGUAAAAUAGUUGUCACGACUCGGAACUUUGGUGUUACAUCAACGAUGGGUACUACUCUACCGUACAAGUUGGAAGAGUUGUCACAUGAUGCUUGUUUGCGUGUAUUUACCCACCACGCAUUAGAUGCAACAGAUUUUAGUAAGUAUCCAGAACUUAAAGAAUUUGGUCAAAAAAUUGUGAAUAAGUGCAAGGGAGUACCUUUGGCAGCAAAAGUACUAGGCGGCCUUUUACGCACGGCACGCAAUCGCAAUGAGUGGGAAAAUGUGUUAAAUAGCAAGAUCUUGGAUAUUCCUGAAGAAAAAGGCAAGAUUUUUUCCGUUCUUAAAUUAAGCUACAACUAUCUCCCUUCUCAUUUGAAGAGGUGCUUUGCCUAUUGUUCACUAUUUCCAAAGGAUGAUGAAUUUGAGGAGAAAGAUCUGGUCUUGUUAUGGAUGGCUGAAGGUUUGGUUUAAGAAACAAAAGGAAAGAAGCCAAUGGAAGAUCUUGGUGGUGAUUAUUUUCGUGAUCUACUCAAUAGAUCAUUUUUUCAAAAAUCAAGCAGAAAUGAAUCACUCUUUGUCAUGCAUGACCUUAUGAAUGAUUUAGCCAUGUGGGCAGCGGGAGACUUGUGCUGUAGGUUAGAGGAUCAAUUGGGUGGUAGUAAGCAAUCUGAAAUUUCU